AUGGUUCUCUUUACCUCCAUCCUCCUCCCCCUUUACAUUUACCCUGCCCCAGGAGCAUGGAACUGGGUCACCACAGCUAUUAAAGCAUACCCUUCUGUUAACUUCAACAUCAUUGUCAACCCAAACUCUGGCCCAGGUUUAGCAAACACCUUCCCUGACACUAACUAUAUUGAUGCUAUUGCCUCUUUGGAUGCCUUUGAAAACACUAAUCUUCUUGGCUAUGUUGAUACGGCUUAUAUGCAUCGCACUACCCAGGAGGUUAAUACCGAGGUAGAUAGUUACAAUCACUGGUCCACCUACACUGCAAAAGACAUCCAUGUCUCCGGCAUCUUCUUCAACGACUGUAUUUCAAACUGGAACUCCACAACCUCAGCCUGGAUGUCUACAAUCGCAGCCCACACACAUACUGAUGGUUUAUCUGUGAUGUUUAAUCCGGGAGUUAUUGCCGAUCCGGAUUUUUUCAAUAUUUCCGAUGACAUUUUGAUGGUGGAGAGUACCUAUACUGCUACUCGAUCUUUAGCGAGUGUUUCGACUACUUCGCUCGUAAAGGCUAUCGUAAAUGCGGGUAUUGGUUCACUCUACAUCACGACCGUCGAGUAUCAUAGUGAGAGCGCGCUUUGGAUGCCAUUUGUUGCGGCGCUGGGUGCAGGUACUGUUGCUGGAUCUCGGCGUGCGGUAUGA